AUGAGUCUGUCGCAUCUGAAGAUAACUGAGAUCACUGUCAACUCCGUGAUCAGCGCCUGCGAGAAGGGCUUGCAGUGGCAGCGGGCAGAGUCGUUGCUGUUCAUUCGCCCACCAGGCUAUGGAUCAGGGCAGCUACCCAUAGCAGCCGAUACCUUCGCGUACAACUCUGUGAUGAGUGCCUAUGAGGAGUGCAGCCUUUGGAUGCAAGGGCUCCGCGCCCUGUCAUUGAUGUCCAGCAAGCACGUCCGGGCCGACGUGGUGACUUUUACUUCGUCCAUCGGUGCGUGUGAGUGGGAGCACUCCUAUGAGCUGUUGCACGUCAUGCCUGGACAUCGCAUCGUUCCCAACGUGGUGGCCAUGAGCUCUGCAAUCAGCUCAGCAGAGAAAGGUGAUCAAUGGGAGCUUGCACUUUGCACUCUGGCGCUCAUGUUGAAGCUGAAGGUUUCCGCAAACGAUGUGAGCUUCAACAGUGCCAUCAUCGCAUGUGCUCGCAGUGGGAAAUGGGAGCUGGCCCUCCACAUACUCGACAAGAUGAUGGACGUACAUCUGGCACCUGACUUGUUCACAGGCACCUCGACUGUCUGGGCCCUGGAAACAACGGGGGAGUGGCAGCAAGCGCUCGAUUUUCUGAGAUGCAUGCCUCAGACCCGCGCGAAGCCCAACGUUUUCGGUUGUGCCUCCGAUGUCAACAUCUGCGAACGUGACGGUGAUUGGCAGAAGGGCUUGCGGUUGAUUAACAUCUUGUCACAGGAAGUGAGAAACUUCAUCUCGCGUCGUCUUGACUUGGCUGGACUUCUGGGAGCGUUUCAGGCAACUGCCCAUUUGUGGGAGCUCUUCCAGCAGUGGAGUAGGACCGCUUCCAAGAAGCCGAAAGGACUCGAGGCUCCAGCGGAUGGCCAGUCUGGCUUCGGCUCUGCAGGUAUGGUUUUCCCGACUACUACCCGAGCUUCCACCCUGGGUACAGCAAAGUGCCUCCCAUUUCCACAGAGGGCAGAGGUGCAAUCCAUGGGAUCGCGGACGGCGAGGGGCGGUGAGGAAACCCUUCUCAACUUUAUCAACCGGAGGAGUGGCAAAGCAGGUCCUUUGAAUCAGUUGGUGCACCGCAAUUUGACAAGGCGGAUGCUUCCGGUGCAAGAUGCUUCGCAGGCCGUAGCUGAAGUCAAAUCCAUCAAUGAGUUUACCGACUCAUUGGCCAAAGCUUUGGCGGAAGGUGACGGCAUCCCAUCCAAGGAGCUGACCCGCGAGCUGCUGGCGGACGGCCUGCGACGGGCCUUGGAGAUCGGAGGCGAGGUUUGCAAGAAGCGCUUCUUGGAGACACUAGCUGCCAAUAUCCACAAGUUCGCUCUGCAGGAGCAGUAUUCGCUCUCCCGCGUGUACCCCGUUGAGAUCAGCUCCGAGUAUCGAAAUCUUCAGUCCUUCUUCAUCGAGUCUGCGACAGAAGGAGACGCCGAGGCCUUCAACGGUACCGCCGGCACGUCGGACCCUCCGGCGCUGUCAGAGUUGCGGAGGCGACUCGGUGCGCUGCCCCAGAAGCCUGGGCCGACCUCAGAGGAGCUGGUGCACAAGUUCAAGGAGGAGCAAACCACUUCAGCUUUGAAGGCCAUCGACGUGAGGGCCCGCGCGGCAUUCUUCGCGGAAGUUCGCCUGAACCUCUUCAGGUUUUCGGAGACGGCGCAGAAAGAGCUUGUUGAGACCUUCACAGACCUAAAGGCUGAAGUGGUGAAGUUGGUGGACUCGACGACACAGGAAGUUGCGGCUUGGCUCGAUGAGGAGCGCGUCGCUGUGGCCUGGCGCAACCAGGCGAAGCAGGCGACGCUUCUGGCGCAGGUGAAGGCGCUCUUCCAGGCCGUUCAGAGCCCACCGUUUCAAGCCACCUUUCGCCACUUGACUGGUGGGGCGAAGCGCGCAAAGGAGGCCUUCCUUCUCCAAGCGGCGCUUUGCCUGAAAAAGGGCAGCCAGAACAACUACUGGGACCAGCCGGAGCUCAGUGAGCUUGCUGGGAAGCUGCGGAGAUCUUUCUUUUAUGUCGAGGGCUACGGGGAGCUGAUGGACGACUGGCUGCAGAGUCGUGUCAAGAAGCUGAAUGAGGACUUCCUGCAACGCGCCGUGGCAAUGCUUGGGAACAGCCUGCCAGCAGUGCUGACUCGGCUGCGGCAGAUUUUCAGGCCUGGCCGCUGGAUAUUCCUCUGCGACCCGAGAUUGGAGAGUGACUUGAUCAACUUGUUCGAUGAGGACACGUUCCCGCGCCACGUGUUAACAUCCACCACCAUCACCCAAGUACUGGAACGAGUGCCAGCUUUGGGUGGAGACGAUUUCCACAUCUACAACGACAUCGUUCGGUCACCACCGCUGCAGGCGCCCCUCUCCAGCGGGCCCAUGGAUCUCAUCGAGUCGGCGCUGAUGGAGGUCUUACGCCGGCUUCCGGGCUUCCCUCCGCUGCUGCGUCUGCCGGGACCGGGCCACUACCGAUUCGGCCGUGUGGAGGUGCUCUUCCAGCUGGCCGGCACGGACCUCGCGGCACGAGUCCUCUCAUCUCCAAACGCAGCCCCAAUGCCAGAGGUCCUGAGAGCAGUGGAUUUCUUCGUGCAGUUUGGUCCGCAAGAAUUCCCGAAUGCAGCGGUCGAAGCCGUCCAGAGCUCCGACUCCAUGCACCUCUGCCCAACCACCGGCAUCCAGGAUGUCGGAGCGCCUCUAGCCGCUCCAGGGCUCAUACGGCCGCCCAUGAGCUUUGCUGUGCCACCCCCCGGGCCCCCCACUCAGCCUCUGAUAGCUCCGAUGGCUGUGGCCGGCAUGGCUGUGGGCUUGGCUCCACCCGCCCCGGUGCCCAUGAUCCCCUUCGUGCGCCCUAAGUUCGGAAUCGACGACGAUGAGAUCUAG